AUGCCUGUAUUCUCCCGUUUAGCCGUCGCUGUUCAGCUGAUUGCUGUAAUCCUGUCACCUGUUCUUGGUGCUGCCGCCAAGCCUCAGUAUGACUACGUUAUUGUAGGAGGUGGUGUUACUGGGUUGAUCGUGGCCAACCGUAUCACCGAGGACAAGAGCAAGACUGUUCUUGUCGUUGAAGCGGGUGACAAUGUCGACAACGACAACACCAAGAUCCCGUACAAGGCCAACGAUUUGACCUCUGCAGCCGGUUUGAUCUGGGAGGACAUCAACUCGCUGCCUGAGCCAGGCCUUGGCAACAGCUCUUAUGCGGUUAUCGUUGCUAAGAACUCGCUCAUGACCAAUGCGACCUUCAACGCCUCCGCGUGGGAGCAGUACGUCGAGCACAAGACUGGUCCUUACACCUACGCCCGUGGUAACGCCCUGGCUUUCAUCUCUCUGCCCGACAUGACCAACGACACCAAGACGCUCAUCAGCAGCCUGAACAGCCAGACCGCCACCGACUACCUCCCCAGCAUCUACAAGAACAACAAGAAGCUCGCGAGCGGUUUCGCCAAGCAGCGCGCUGUUAUUGCCGACAUCUUCAGCCGCAAGGACGCCGCUGUCGCCGAGUUCCCUGUCCCCGCUGAUGGCAGCUACGGCCUCGUCGGUGUCGAGAAGCCCCUAUCCCGUGGUACUGUCUACAUCGACGCCAAGAACCCCAACGGUCCCCCCAACGUCAUCUACAACGCUUUUGUCAACCCCAUCGACCGCAUGAUCAUGGCCAUCGAGCAGAAAACUGGCGCGGGGUUCGUCACCCUGCUGCCUGAGGAGCCGGAGGACAUGUGGCACGCAUACAACUUAAUACAGGAGCACGAUCUGAUACGCGCAAAGGCUGUACGCCGGGUCUCGAAGACAUCCGAUGCCGGUUCCACGUCCUCCCAGCGAAUCUCUCUAGACCUCACCAUCACCGUAACGUCGACCGAUUUCGAUGUCGGCUCCGAACAACUGCAUGUAUCCGGUCGCGUAGCAAAGGAGAACGAGCACGUAAAGUUAGGGCAGCAUCAUACACUCGAUUUGGAGCUGAAUCGCAAAUUUACCAUCGAAAAAGCAGACGGCUGGGAUAGCGUCGCGUUAGAACAACUAAAGGAGGCAUGCGACGCGUCGAAGCGAGCGGAACUAUGGGCUGUCGUGAUGGGAGAGGGUGUUGCGCACAUUUGCAUGAUUACUGAGCAUCAAACGAUAUUACGGCAAAAGAUCGAGGUAUCCGUACCCAGAAAGAGGAGAGGUGGCGUCGAUGGGCACAGCAAAGGCAUGGAAAGGUUCUUCUCUACGACGCUUUCGACGCUUCUACGGCAAAUCGACCUACCGAAUACCUCUAGCACCCCCCAAGGCAAGACGCUCCCACUCUUACUCGCCAGCCCAGGCUUCGUAGCAUCGGCGUUUCUACAGUACAUCAAGGCAGAAGCGACGCGAACCACCAACAAGCCGCUCAUGGCCCUCAUACCCACCAUCAUCAUUGCACACUCGUCAUCGGCGCAUACACACUCCCUCAACGAGGUGCUCUCGUCCCCAGCGAUAACAAAUAAAUUAUCUGAUACAAAGUUCGCGCGCGAAACGGCGUUGAUGGACAAAUUCAACACGCUCAUGCGGCUAGACGACGGCCGAGCGUGGUACGGCCCGCGCGAAGUGGAGCGCGCAGUCGCCAAGGGCGCAGUCGGACGAGGUGGCGGCGUCCUACUCAUCAACAAUGCACUGUUCCGCGCGCAAAACGUAAAAGAGCGAAGACGGUGGGUCAAGUUAGUCGACCAAGUGCGUGAUGUAGAAGGUGGUGAAGUACGAGUCCUUAGCUCAUUACAUGAGUCCGGGAAGCGACUCGAAGGCUUGGGAAACGUCGCGGCUAUCCUGACCUAUCCGCUGGAAGAUCUCGAUGAAGACGAUGGGGAAGAUACCGGAGGUGUUGGUGGCGAGGGGGGUGAAAUGAUAAUAUAG